UUCCAAACAGACCUGAAGCAACUUAAUAUCAUGCUCACAACAGUACCCAAUCAAAACCCUCCAUUCCCUCCCACUCUCUUGUUAUCUCUUUGGUCUACCACCCAGCACACUCCACAGUCCGUCGACCAUGGCCUCCAACACCGCCGGCGAUCUUGCCUACGACGUGCUUGAAACCCCAACCCUAGACUCCGAAUCCCCGAACCUCCUCCUCCAAAUCUCCGAGCAAGGCGGCUACGCUUACGUCAGCAUGUCGGUGCUGGCCGCCGCAGGCGACCUCCGGGCGGCGGAGGCCACCCGCGAGAUGGCGUGGGAGCAGCUCCACUCGGGGCCGUGGCACUCGGUCCUGCCGGUGUGGCGCGACGCCUACUCCAUGGCCUGCCUCUACGUGGCGAAGCUACACCACCGCGCUGGCGAUUUUGGGGAGGCGCUUAAGGUUUUGGACAUGGGACUGAUCAUGGGAGGCACGCUUCUGCGCCAGGAUUUGCACGCUGCGGUAGAGAAGGUAACGGCGAAAGCGAGUGAGCUUAGGGUUUCGGAGGAGGAGCAAGGAGAAGUGAUUGUUGGAGGGGAAAACGCGUACCAUGAAGCGGAGGUGCUUGGGGUUUUACCCAUGAAGUCCUUGUCUUCUAAGAUCAUUGGGAAAAGGUCUGCACUUUCUUUGGAAGGAUUCCUAUGUGAUUAUUUCAUGUCAGGUUCUCCUGUUAUUAUCAGUGACUGUAUGGGUCAUUGGCCAGCAAGGACCAGGUGGAAUGACAUGGAUUAUUUAAAAAGGGUUGCUGGUGACCGCACAGUUCCAGUUGAGGUUGGGAAAAACUACCUAUCCUCAGAUUGGAAGCAAGAGCUUAUUACAUUUUCCCAGUUUUUGGAGAGGAUUCAGUCCAGUGACUGUACUUCUACACUCCCUACAUAUCUUGCUCAACAUCCUUUGUUUGACCAGAUACAUGAGCUAAGGAAGGACAUUUUCAUUCCUGACUACUGUUAUGCUGGUGGAGGGGAGCUCAGGUCUCUUAAUGCUUGGUUUGGUCCAGCUGGGACUGUGACACCAUUACACCAUGAUCCACACCAUAAUAUACUUGCUCAGGUUGUUGGCAAAAAGUAUAUCAGGCUUUACCCUGCUUCAUUGUCGGAGGAACUUUACCCAUACACUGAAACCAUGCUUUGCAAUUCCAGCAAGGAAGAAUAAGUAGACAAGAUGCAGCAGAGUUAACUUUUGAUAACCAAGUUAACAGAACUUGUUGCUGAAUUAGCUUUGAACUUCCGUAAAAGUUUUAGCAGAAAGCCAGAUCAUGAACUUAACCUUUUACUAAGAAUUGCAAAAGAAGGUAGUGAUUAACCCAGUAAAUGGAAAUUGCUUAAAUUGUCAAAACAGUACUUUAAGCCAUAAGCCAUGUCCUUGUGGCUUUCUUCCCAAAUUUAUUUUUAAAUUUUUGGGCAGUUUGGAUAAGUGUUGACUGUUGAUGUUACAUUUGAAGCUAAAUGCAACCUAAUGAACAGAAGUUUGGUGAAGAAGAGCUGAUCCAAGGGUUUUUGGACUUCUCUUAAUUAGUCUAAUUCUCAUCCCUUCUUCUGUACUUCUGGUAAUUUCUGGUCAAUUAAUUGACUGCUUCUUUGAAUGCUCUUUCCUUUCUUGGAGUAGUGAAUUCCAGAUUGAUGCUCCUUUUCAUGUUGUAGUGAGUCCAAUAUCGAUUCUCAUUGGGCGAGGUUGCUAAUGUUUUCUUAUAAAUGCUCUGGUGUCUUCAAUAUUAAGUGAAAAAAGUUCUCUUUGAAGGUUGAUCUGGACAACAUAGACGAGAAA